AAGUGCUCGCUGUGGCCGUGUGUUCGGCUUUUCAUUCCUCUUUGUUUGUCUUUUUGCUCCAAGGGAGACAGAGUCCUGCUGGGAGGGCCUGGAAGUUUUUACUGGCAAGGCCAACUGAUUUCUGAUCGAGUGCCGGAGAUUGUGGCCAAAUACGACGCCAAGGUUUACAGUACGAAGUACGCCGACCAGUUAGCCACCCGGCCUGCCAGCGCCGCCUUCGAUGACAGCUACUUGGGUUACUCGGUGGCUGUCGGAGACUUCAGUGGUGAUGGCGUAGAAGACUUUGUGUCAGGAGUUCCAAGAGCAGCGAGGACUCUGGGCAUGGUGUCUAUUUACAAUGGGAAAAACAUGUCUUCCAUGUACAACUUCACUGGAGAGCAGAUGGCCGCCUAUUUCGGGUAUUCGGUGGCUGCCACAGAUAUCAACGGGGACAAUUACACAGAUCUGUUUAUUGGAGCCCCUCUCUUUAUGGAUCGAGGGUCUGACGGGAAACUUCAGGAGGUGGGCCAAGUCUCCGUUUGCCUUCAGCGAGCCUCUGGAGGGUUUCACAUCACCAAGCUGAACGGUUUUGAGAUAUUCGCCCGAUUCGGCACUUCGAUUGCGCCGUUGGGGGACCUGGAUCAGGAUGGCUUCAACGACGUUGCGGUCGCCGCUCCCUACGGCGGAGAGGACAGGAGAGGCCUGGUCUACGUCUACAACGGCAGAGCCAACGGUUUGACUGCGGUCCCGUCGCAGGUCCUUGAAGGACAGUGGGCCGCUCGCUCUAUGCCACCCAGCUUUGGGUACUCGCUGAAGGGAGCCACGGAUGUGGACAAGAAUGGAUAUCCAGACUUGAUUGUUGGAGCCUUUGGCGUCGACACAGCUGCUUUGUAUAGGGCUAGACCAGUUAUUAGGGUGAAUGCAGCCCUGGAAGUUAAUCCAACCAUCCUAAACCCGGAGAGCAAAGCCUGUUCGCUGUCGGACGUGAAGGUUUCUUGCUUCAAAGUGAAGUUCUGCCUGAAAGCGGAUGGCAAAGGAAAGCUCCCCAAUUCCCUCAAUUUCCAAGUGGAGCUGCUUUUGGAUAAACUGAAGCAGAAGGGAGCCAUACGGAGAGCUCUCUUUCUCCACAGCAGACAGCCCAGCCACUCCAAGAACAUGACUGUUACGAAGGGGGGCAAAAUGAAUUGUGAAGAACUUGAUGCCUUUUUGAGGGAUGAAUCUGAAUUUAGAGACAAGCUAACUCCCAUUACGAUUUUUAUGGAGUACCGCCUGGAUUACAGAACAGCUGCGGAUGCAACGGGAUUGCACCCUAUCCUCAACCAGUUCACCCCUGCUAACAUGAGCAGACAGGCACACAUCCUGCUGGACUGCGGCGAUGACAACAUCUGCAAGCCAAAGCUGAAGGUUUCAGUGGAAAGGUAAGUACGUGAGGAAAAACAGCUUCCCCGCUGGAGUUCUGAACGUCGGGAGCUCGGG